CCGACUUUGUACUUUUGCGACAAAAAACACAUUUCAUCAUAAUUACCUUUAACGACCUACGAUAAUGACUUUGGGACUUGGAAGGAUAGGCGGGCUUUUGGCUUGUGUCGGAUUGGUCGUUGCACAUGGAGGUGUAGCUCAUCAGAAACCUUUAGCCGUGGAUCCAGACGCGGAUUGGGGUACUAGACAUAUGGCUGAGGAACAUCAUAUUGAAAAUUUUGAUGCGGGAGCCUUCUUCACACUGCAUGAUUUCGAUAAUAACGGUGUAUGGGACCAAGCGGAAAUCCUCAAAUUCUACGGCAUGGAAGACGAAACCGCAAAAGAUGUGCCGCAGGAUAAGAAGGAUAAUAUAUUGAAGGAGAUAUUGAAGUUGAUGGAUAAUAAUAAUAAUGGACAAGUGGAAAGGGAAGAAUGGGAUAGAUAUUCGGGGUCUGGAGGAUUGUUACCGGAUUUUGGAUUGGGACCUGGUCAUCAUUGGGAUAUUGAGAUGGAGUAUGAGAUUCAUCAUUGGCAGAAAUAUCACGACGAGAAUACAAAGGAAGAGGAUCUAAUACACCCGGAGGAUAUUGAACAUUUCAAGAAACACGAUGAAUUGGAAGAUGAAGCCGACAGAGUUGCAGCUUUGGAUAAGAUGUCCAUUGUUGAACAAAAUAUUCCUGAUAAGUUCAGAAAGGAUAAACAAUGAUUGGUUAUGUUUAAAUGUAUAGACAUAAUGUUAAGACGUUAAGAUGAAUAGAUUUUACACCUAAUAGAUAAGUAUCAAUACAUACAGAGUUACCUUUCC